UAGGUAAAUCUAUCACAUGAUUGCAGCGUUCGCUCUGUGCUCCGCGUCUUUUCCUGAGCAGAAGGCAGGGCAGCAGCAGCAGGAGCCGCAGCGGCAGCCGGGGCUUCAUGUAAACACACCGCGCUCAGGGCUUUGUUUCACCACACACACACACACACACGCACACACACACACGCCGCUGGGAUCCCCUUUCUAGUCAUGCCAUGGAUAUUUUGUGGCAAUACCAGUUCAGAAUCAUUUUACUCGGAGAUUCGACAGUGGGGAAGUCGUCGUUGCUGAAGCGCUUCACGGACGGUAUUUACAGCGAUGUGGCGGAUCCAACGGUCGGGGUAGAUUUUUAUGCCCGCUCGCUUGAUAUCGAGCCCGGGGUGAAAAUAAAGCUUCAGCUCUGGGACACGGCUGGACAGGAACGAUUCAGGUCCAUCACAACAUCAUAUUACCGUAACUCUGUGGGUGGGCUGCUAGUUUUUGAUCUCACCAAUCGCAAAACCUUUGACCAUGUGAGGGAGUGGCACAAGGAGGUGAGUGAGCACAUCCUGCCUCACCACAUGGUCUACAUCCUCAUUGGCCACAAGAGCGACCUAAACAAGGAUCGCAAGGUGACCAGAGAUGAGGCAGAGCAGCUGGCAGCAGAGCUGGGCAUCCGCUACGUGGAGACGUCGGCCAAGUGCAACAGCAAUGUAGACCGGGCCUUUGAGCUGCUGACCAGAGACAUCUACGAGCUGAUGAAGAUGGGGGAGAUUGUCACCCGCGAUGGCUGGGAUGGUGUGAAAAGCGGUCUCACUGCCAAGGUCCUCUACCCGGCCGAUGAUGAAGAGGAGCUGGCCACCGCCUCUGCUGAAAAGGGCUGCCACUGUUGACUGAGAACUCUCUGUGUCCAAACACCGUCCUGUCUCACCAAGAGCUUGCCUCGUCUCACAGCCGUUCAUUGAAAACGAGUCACUCAGGCUCAGCACCCUGUGAUAUCAUCAUCCAUCACUUCUUCACCUUGUGCUUUGUGCCCUCUCUGUGUGUGGGACAAGUGGGGUCCAGUGUACAUCCUGAUGUGUAUAUUAUAAGCAAGUUAUAUCUCUGAAUUCACAUGGUGUAGCAUGAGCUGGGCUUUUUUUUGGCCUUGUUAGGUUCAAAAAACACAGAAAGCGCGCAGAGGUGAUCAGGUCUGACUGAGGGGACUGAGAGUGUAGCCAAUACUCCUUUUCAUAGCACUGGAGAUAAUGUACUGCUGAGGAUACUGAAGGUACAGAUAAAUCCAUGGACUAUGGCAUACUGUGGUCUGGCAUCACUCCCAUUUCAUACGGCACUGUUGUGGGUGUCUACCUGUCAAAGUUUGUGCAAUGCUUUGCCUGCAUUCCUAUGUGACUGUAAUAUUGUAAAUAAUAGUGAAUUCUAUAGAAAUGAAAGCUAAAAGGUCACUAAAAGCUAUUUAAUUGAUAGUGUGAACAGACACAGUGCACUCUACAAUAAGUGUCACCAUUUGAAAUCAAUGUGCUCCUCCUGCUACUGUAAGCUGUAUGUGCACUUAUGCCAAACUGACUUAAAUCUUUGAUCAUUCUGUGAAUACAUGAGUAAUGUUUUUGUAAAAAAAAAAAAAAAAAAAAAAAAAAAGAUUAUUCUAGUUAAUGUGUAUACUUAAAGACAGACCACUGUAAUUAGGGUAGGUGGUCCCAUUUAGUUAUUUGUAUUAUAGCAACAGGAGCAAGACAACAAGUAUGUCUGAGAUUCAUCUCUCAGUCAUCAGACCUUUAAUUAUAUUGUCAGCAUUCAUAAAGGUGUGUUUGAUUAAGGACAAAAGGGAGUUUGAGUUUCACUUGCAGCUGUUUGUAGAUUAGGCAAACAACUACUUCUUUUAUUCAAAGCUCAAUCCACAAAAUUUAUAUUACAUUCAUGCCUGAAGUGGUGAUGAAUGCCAGCUCAUUAAAUCCACUAGCAUAAAUGGAUGUGUUGCUUGCUUUAUGUUGUGUUCCAGAGGUGUAAUAAAGUCUGGCUUCCAAGCAGAAAACCUGGGCAAGAUUUGUCAAACCUGAGGAAGCCCCAUUAGCAUGUCACUGCAAAAGAAAAUUGGAAUUAAUUUUAAGAUGUCUGCAGGCUCAGCAGUGCAGCAAAUCAUGUGAAACCAUGGCCCCCAGAUUCAGUUUUGGCAAGGGACCUUUGUUACAUGUCAUUGACCCUUUCACCCUUCUUGCCAGGGCCUUACAAGGAGAGUUCGACUUCUGAGAGUUAGGUGAAAAAAUUGAUGUUUGUCUUGUAUGUCUGUGCAUUAAGCACAGAACUGGAGCCAGGAGGCAAUUAGCCUAGCUUAGCCUAAUGUAGGGGUAAGCAGCUAGCCUGUCUUUCUCCAGCCAGAAGAACAGCCAGCUGCAGUAACUCCCUGACUAUUGACAGUGGGUAAAUGGGUAAUUAUACAAAAAUGAUGGGGAAAUUAUACAAAUGAGAUUCACUGUGUUACUUAGUAGGCUAAGCCAUAGAGGUUCUUUAGGUGCAUUUUUCCCACUCUAUAUCGAGCAAAGCUAUCUGCUAGCUGUUAGCUGUUCAAGCUAGCUGCUUCCCCCUACUUCCAGUCUUCAUGCUAAGCUAGGCUAGUUGCCUCCUGGCUCCAGAUCUGUGCUUAAUGCACAGGUGUAAGAUUGGUUUCUAUCUUAUCAGCUAACCCUCAGAGAGAAAACUGAUGAGUGUAUUUCCCAAAAUGUAGAACUACUCCUAAAGCUGCUGUUUCAGUUGUUGAAAUUCUUUUGUUAACUAAGUAAUGUUGACAUACUCCUGACAAACUUUAUCUUUUACAUGGGUAAGAGUACUUUGGAUUUGGUAACUUAAAUAAUACCAGCUGUAAUGGAGCCUUUAACGGUCAGUUUGCUGUUCUUAGCAGUGAGAUGCAUUUAUGAUGAAUGCAUGUCUGCACACAUAAUAUACACUGCACAUAAUAGGAGUAACUACCUUUAACACAGAGGAUUGUGUAUGCUUUCAAGUCUCCAGAGUCUUCUGACUGCAGAUCCCAUUAAUCUGUUGUUUACAAGCCUGGAGCCUACAAUAGACUACAGUUCACUUAGCCUGGAAACUCACCUCUCCUCCCACUGUUCAAUCACCUUUCACCAGCAUCUCAUGAAAAAAACCUGUUCACACACACACUGUAAACAGAAAGAGAUUAUGCAUUCUACAGUUUUUCUUUGCAUUCAUGUGAUCAAGCUUACAUUUUUUUCUUUGAGUCAAUAAAUGCUGUAUGGGUGAUCUGGUAAACAUACUGUACACUAUGAGGUUGCAGCUUAGUAUUCGGUAAGGAAUGUAUUCUGGAACAUUUGCACCAUCCCUUUAUUUUUUACUUUUCUGUACAGAUUCAAACCGAUUCUUCCUGGUAAACCACCGCCUGAUAUAGCCAGGAUUACAGUGUACUAUACACCGUAUAUAUGUUUUUUGUUUGUUUGACAAUCAGAUGUUAACAUUUUAUGUUCAUGGUGAAGGUGAGGACUUCAUCACAGGGGUGCUAUGCUUUGAAAUCGAGCUAAAAUUCCAUCCAGUUUAAUAAUACAACUACCUUCCUCACUUUUGUCUCUCAUGUAAACAGGGUUAAAUUUUAUGAUAUUUGUAAGUCUGCUGUUAGCAAACUGUUCGCCAAUGAGCAUGAUUCCCAUUCCUAAGCACUGCACUGAACUGUGUGGAGAUGGAAGCCUCUGGGUGUUGAGAGCACUGGUUAGAUUUAAAGGACAACACUGGAAAGACAUGAAGAAACAUUCUCAUCAUAUGGGAAGAGAUCAUCUUAUUUCUCAUCAGCCAGUAGCAGACACCUCUAUAUCCACCAAUGAUAAACAGUUAAACAUUAAGAGUACAUUUACUGCUCCAUGUGUAAUCUUACAGACUGUACAUAAAAGUGACCAUUGUGAGUAAUGAUAAUGAUGGUAACUAUAACCAGUCUUCAGUUCACAUCCAGUCUCUCUCAUCUAAUCACAGAAGGCGUAGCUCAACAUUUUAGGAAAUAUGCUUAUUCCCUGUCUUUCCAAGAGUGAGAUGAGAAGAUUUGUACCACCAUCUCAUUCUCAGAGAGACAGUAAAUAAAAAACAAAAAAACCCAAAAUAUUGAACUGUGCCUUUAAUGAUUUUAUGUUAUCCAGUGGGACGAUCAAACUAACCCACUGAUAGGGCUUCUGUACCAGAAAACAUCAGCAGCUGAUAGGCCUGCGGUACAGUACAUAGCACAAAACUGUACAGCUUCUGAACCCCAUGGUCACAUUUCACAGCUUUAUUGAAUAAAUGUUAUUUAUUUUAUAUAUUAUGUAUAAGGGAUUUGCUUAUUUGAUGUGAUUUUAUUGAUUGAUUAAAAAAAUAAAUAGAUGUCCAAUGA